GUUAACCGUCACGAUUUGACAAAAACACGGAAUGGUAGCAACAUCCUGAUCGACCAGCCGAUACAAUAAACCUCUAACGAAAGCGAAAGAGGGGAAAAAUCUGAAUAAGUAAUAACCUGCUCUAAGCUUGCAAAAAUCGUCAAUCAAUUUUGUCCCUGCCUGUCGAAAAAAAUGAGAGGAUGAGCUUAUAUAAGUAAUAUAACCUAGCUACACUCAUCGCCAUAUCCAAGAGCUAAGCCUUAAGAUGAAGGCAAACAUCAUAACGAUAGAAGUUGUCAAGUCCAACGUAGCUCUCUCCCUCCUCCUAUGGUUACUCUCCCUCAUCAUCCUCCGUUCUCUCUUUGCUCGUUGGCGACGAAGAGACAGCGGCCUGCGGCUUCCGCAAGUCCCCCAGGGCUUCCGAUACUCGGACAUCUCCAUCUUUUGGGCCCGCUCCCCCACCAAGAGCUCCACAAGCUCUCCCUCCGCUAUGGGCCUCUCAUCUCCCUCCGUUUAGGAUCUCACCCUUGUGUCGUUGCCUCGUCACCAGAAAUUGCGAAAGAAUUCCUCAAGACUCAUGAAAUCUCCUUCUGUGACAGGCCCCAGUUAAGAGCUGCUUCCUACCUCAGCUAUGGCUCUGCUGACUUCUUGUUUUCCCCCUAUAACUCAUAUUGGAGAAUGAAGAAGAUCUACAUGACACAAUUGUUAGGUGGCCAAACACUUGAACAGCUCCUGCCUGUGCGGCGCCAGGAGAUUACGAGGCUUGUGAAAACGUUGUUUGAGAAAUCAGAUAAAGGCGAGGAGGUCAACAUGAGUGCGGAGCUCGUGAAACUGACGAACAAUGUGAUAAGCAGGAUGGCAAUGAGCCGGACGUGCUCAGAAGGUGAUUCGGAUGCAGAGGAGGUACGAAAGAUCGUACAGCAGGCAACUGAGCUUGUGGGGAAAUUUAACUUGGCAGAUUAUAUAGGAUUAUGUAAAAACUUGGACUUGCAAGGUUUUGAUAAGAGAAUGGAGGAUGUGUUAAAGAGGUUUGAUACGCUGUUGGAGGGGGUACUGAAGGAAAAGGAGGGGGAAAGGAGAAAAGAAGUCCGUACUGCCGAGGGAAGAGCGAAAGAUUUGCUGGAUAUAAUGCUUGACAUAGCCGAUGAUGGUAAUGCAGAGAUGAAGUUGACAAGAAAAAACAUCAAGGCCUUCAUUCAGGAUGUCUUUGUUGCAGGCACUGAUACUUCAGCAAUCACAAUAGAGUGGGCAUUGGCGGAACUCAUCAACCACCCGACCAUACUCCAGAAGGCUAGAGACGAAAUUGACGCGGUCAUUGGCAUAAACAGACUCGUCAAAGAAUCUGACAUUCCAAAUCUCCCAUACCUCCAAGCUAUUGUAAAAGAAACACUAAGGCUUCAUCCAACUGGCCCAGUAAUCCUCCGCGAAUCGACCGAGGACUGUAAGAUUAAUGGCUACGAUAUCCCGGCAAGAACAAGGCUAUUCGUCAAUGUAUGGGCUAUAGGAAGGGAUCCAAAUCACUGGGCCAAGCCAUUUGAGUUCAAACCAGAGAGGUUUAUAGAAAAUGAUAAGAGGGUGGAUGUUAGAGGCCAGCACUUCCACUUUUUGCCAUUCGGCAGCGGACGUAGAGGUUGUCCGGGGACGUCAUUGGCGUUGCAAGUUAUACAACCAAUGCUUGGCUCCAUGAUACAGUGCUUUGAUUGGAAGGUCAAAAAUGGUCAUGGGAUUGUGGACAUGACAGAGUUGCCAGGGUUGACACUACCUCGAGCUCAACCCCUGGUGUGCGAGCCAGUUGCUCGUUUUAGUCAGAUGCCAAUCGCUUGACAAGGGUGGGUUGGUUGAUUGCUUGUUUUAUUUGGAUCCCAUUGUAAGUGACAAUGGAUGUAGCAUGUGGUUUGUGAAAUGAACUUUAAGAUAAAUAAUAAUAAAUAUUUAUGAGGCUUAGAACAUCAACGUGUAGUAAGGGGAAAACGACU